UGAGAGCGCAGUCAUCCAAAAACGGCCUUUCAAUGUGAGAACUUGGGGAGCCGAAGAAAAUGUCGGUGGCAUCGCAGUAAAUUACUAACGCGGCGAGGCUUCAGUUCUGAAGGGGAAAAGGAGAGGCAAAGAGGAAAAGAGUCGCGCUUUGGGACUAGGACUCAGCAGAGAGGCCAGGGGAAGCUCUUGUGAAGUUUGAUCACCAAAGCUGAGCGGUUUUGCAGGUGUGGUGUUGGCUUGUUAAGCAACCUCAGGACUAUCCUCUUCCUGCUCCACUCAGCGGAAACCCCACGCCAGGCCAAGAGGCCAGAAAGCAGAUUGACAGAAGGGUAGUGUAUGGAAGAUGUCUGGAAAGCGCAACUGGACUCCAAGGAUGAAAAAGAAAAGAGCUCCAUUGUUGUGCGUUCUGGGUGCAGUACUGCUGUGUUGCCUGCAGGGCGGCGCGUCAGCCUCUGAUGAGGUGCCAGUGUUCACUGAAGAGCCCGUGUCCGUCGUGCAGAAGUUGGGCGGCAGCAUCACGUUGGGCUGCGUCGCCAGACCCGCUUCGGCCAAGGUCAGCUGGCGUCUCAACGGCAAGCAGUUGGUGAACGGCGAUCUGGGCGUGGUGGUGGGGCCCGGCAGUCUGUCCGUCCCCGCUCUCUCCAACCUAACUCUGGGCAGAUACCAGUGUGUGGCCAGCACCGGCGCUGGAGCCCUGGCCAGCGUUCCUGCUAACGUCACGGCUGCCAAACUGCGGGACUUCGAGCCUGACGACCAGCAGGAGAUCGAAGUGGACGAAGGCAACACGGCGGUGAUUGAGUGUCACCUCCCCGAGAGUCAGCCCAAGGCUCAGGUCCGCUACAGCGUCAAACAGGAAUGGCUGGAAACGUCCAAAGGGAACUACCUCAUCAUGCCAUCAGGGAACCUGCAGAUAGCCAACGCCACGCAGGACGACGAGGGUCCGUACAAGUGUGCGGCGUACAACCCCGUCACUCAGGAGGUUAAAACCUCUACAUCCACUGAUCGUCUACGCAUUCGCCGCUCCACCUCCGAGGCGGCGCGGAUCAUCUACCCGCCGGCGCGCCGCUCCAUCAUGGUGACCAAAGGCCAGCGGCUGGUGCUGGAGUGCGUGGCCAGCGGCAUCCCGACGCCGCAGGUCACGUGGGCGAAGGACGGGGAGGACCUGCGUUUCCAUAACAACACGCGCUUCCUGCUCAGCAACCUGCUGAUCGACGCGGCCGGUGAGGCGGACUCGGGCACCUACAUCUGCAGGGCGGACAACGGCAUCAGCUCGGCCGGCUCCGCCACCGUGCUCUAUGACGUGCAAGUGUUUGAGCCUCCUCAGGUGACGGUGGAGCUGCAGCAGAAAGAGGUCGUGCUUGGAGAGACGGUGCGCUUCAUCUGCCAGGUCCGCGGUAAACCCACUCCCUCGGUGACGUGGCUCCACAACGCCCAGCCCCUCGCCCCGUCCAACCGCCACCGGUUGAACUCCCGUGGGCUGCGCAUCCUCAGCGUGGCCCUCCAGGACGAAGGCCUGUACCAGUGCAUGGCAGAAAACGGCGUGGGCAGCUCGCAGGCAUCUGCUCGCCUCAUCACCGUAUCAACUGGGAUUUCAUCUCGAGGGAGGCUUCCCUCCAUCUAUCGCCCGCUCAGCCCGGACAAGGUGCUGAGAGAGCAGCCCCCUGUGAAGCCGGGGGCCACCGGUGCCAUGUUGCCCCUGGACUGCUCUGAGCUGCCGGGACAGGUUCUGCCUGCAGAAGCCCCCAUCAUCCUCAGCCAGCCGCGCACAGGCAAGGCCGACUACUAUGAACUCACCUGGAAGCCGCGGCAUGAACGGAGACCUCCCGUGCUGGAGUAUGUGAUCAAGUACAGAAAGGUGGGAGACCCUCAAGCAGACUGGACCACAAGGAGUAUCUCAGGCUCUCUCCAAAAGCUGACUCUGACCACGCUGCAGCCAGACAGCCUCUAUGAAGUGGAGAUGGCUGCCAAGAACUGUGCGGGUUUGGGACAACCAGCCAUGAUGACAUUCAGAACUGGCAAAGGUCGCAAAGGUCUGGGAGGGCAAAUUGAUCCACCAAAAACUCCGGCUGUCCCUUCACCGAGCCUCUCUCCUCCCGAAGCUCCCGAUAAGCCCACGGUAUCCACGGCGACGGAGACGUCGGCUUAUGUGACUUGGAUUCCUCGCGGUAACCGCGGCUUCCCCAUCCAGUCAUUUCGGGUGGAGUACAAGAAGGUGAAGAAGGCAGGGGAGGACUGGGUGACGGCAGUGGAGAACAUCCCCCCGUCCAGGCUCUCUGUCGAAAUCACGGGGCUGGAGAAAGGUACGUCCUACAAGUUUCGUGUGGUGGCCGUGAACGUGAUCGGCUCCAGCCCCCCCAGCGCCCCCUCCAAGGCGUACACGGUAGUGGGCGGGAGAACACACGAGCGUCCCGUUGACGGACCCUACAUCACCUACAACGAAGCCAUCAACGAGACCACCGUCAUUCUGAAAUGGACGUACACUCCUGUAAACAACACGCCCAUCUAUGGUUUUUACAUCUACUACCGGCCCACAGACAGCGAUAAUGACAGUGAUUACAAGAAGGAUGUUGUGGAAGGAGACAGAUACUGGCACUCCAUCACUGACCUGCAGCCAGAGACGGCCUAUGACAUCAAGAUGCAGAGCUUCAAUGAGAAGGGAGAGAGCGAAUUUGGCAACGUAGUGAUCCUUGAAACAAAAGCUCGUCCCAAUCACCAGCGCCCUCCUCCAACUGAGCCCGAGUCCCCGGACUCCGGCUCAGGAGACACCAGCAGACUGAUGCCUCGGGCCGGCGAUCUCCCCUACCUCAUCGUCGGUAUUGUCCUGGGAGCCUUCGUCUUCAUCAUAGUCGCCUUCAUCCCCUUCUGCCUCUGGAGAGCUUGGGCCAAACAGAAGCAAACAUCAGACUUGUGCUUCCCUGCCGUGGCUGCCCCAGUUUCUUCCUGCCAGUACACGAUGGUCCCCCUGCAGGGCCUGGCCCUGGUGGGCCACUGUCCGCUGGAUCCACACAUGGCAGUUUACCCUGCUAACGGGGAAUACACUCCCAACGGCAAAGCUCACCACCCCAAACAUUGUCUGCCAGGAUUACACCAGGAUGAGGUGGAUUGUGAUAUGGAGUGUGACACACUUCUACCACACACAAAUGGACAUCUUCCCAUCUACCACUACUCCAGCAGCAGUGUCCCCGAUCAUCACGAGCAGACUUGCUGUUCCCUUGACAACUCCGACCUCCAGCUCCUCGCAUGUUCCCAUCGACUCGUUGGGUCACAGGAAAUUGGAGACGAUGGCGGUUUCUACGGCGGGGAUGAAACUGAAGACGUAACUCAAAAGCCAGCAUCUCUCUGUCUUCUGCCUCAAGAAGAUGAGGGUGUUUUCAGCACGUCGUCGUCGUCAACAGCCACAACACCAGAAUCCCAAGUUACUUUACAAGAAGUGAACAUCCUCCUGAGCGAGGCGUCAGUUGAGAACGAAGGGACAGUCAGCACUACAGAUGCAUGAGAGACUAUUAUACAGAUGAAAACAAGACGAAAUAUUUAUUUUUGUAUAACAGAUAUUUAUAUAUUUAUGCUUUUGUACAUAAGUGUCUGAUUAUACUGUAUAUAUGGGUAUUUUCAUAUUGAAAGAAGACUUUAUUCAUCCAUCUGCUCGCACCAUGUCACGGACAAACGGAGUUGAGGCACCGAACUCUGUCUCUGCGUUUCCGGAGGAGAUGUUACUCCUCUCAGAUCAGCACUUCAUGACUAGACUCUCCCCUCCACUCCUCUUGUCAUUCCUUGUAGAAAUCUAUCCAUCCUAACAUUUGGACUUUAGGUACUUAGCUUUAAGCACAACAGAAAUAAAGGGACCAUUUGAAUCACGAGGUGCUUCGUCGAUCUUUAGCUCUGUUGCAUUUUCACCUUCUCAGCAUACGGCUGUCUUUUUUGUAUAGCAGUAACACAAAUAUAUUAUGCAUCGCUCAUCAUUAACAUACUAUUAAUAAGUGUAUGCAACAUAAAUCAUUGUUUCAGUAGUGUGCAAGAGAUUAUAUAUUGUAUAGUUAUUUAUUUUUGGAGUGUUUUUUUAUCACUGAAUGGGAGAGAUUCUGGAAAUUAACUCAGUCACUGAUAAGCUGAACUUGUUCUGCAGCCACUUCUGUUUACAUAUUUGCUGGUUAUGUGACUGCCAGGUGAGGGUGCUGUGACAACUGUGGCAGUAUUAUUCCUCCCUCACUUGGUGCAAAAGUAUUAUUAGUCUUUGACAGAGACAUCUGUGAUCAAAAUGAAGGAGGUCCUGAAUCAACUCUCCCUGAAAAGUGCAGCCACCCUGUGGCUGAACAUGCUGGAGCACUAUUGCAUGUAAAUAAAAGCUUAUGAAACCGA